AUGCCAUUUCAAGAAGCAAAGUCUUCUCAUCAUAAUAUUGAUGAUUUUGCACGUGAAAAAUUUUAUGAACUUACUAAAAAACAUAUUGAUGCAUUAAAUCCUAAAUUUUGUAAUAAAGUUGUUAUCACUCGUGAUCAAAGCGAAAAAAUAAUCAAUAUACUUCAGAACAAGUUAUCUACUGAAAAGGUUUUCGGACAUUUUCCCCGCUGGUGUAAACAAACAUUCACGCCUCGUCUCAUCGGUAAUCAUCAACUUUUAUGUGAUUUUAAAGAAGUUAAACCUGUUCUUUUAUAUCAGGAUAUGUACGAUAUCUAUCAAACAAGCCAUCAUCAGACUGCUCACUGUGGUCGAGACAAAUGUCUCGGAUAUAUUGCAGUAAAUUACAGCUGGACAAAUCGUUCAUUAUUACAAAUAUUUAUUGCACAAUGCUCAGCAUGUCAAACUCGAAGAACGGUUUAUCUAUAUUAUAUCAACAUUACUAAAUCUUUUUUGCAAACCCCCCAAACUCUUGCUCGAAUCGGUUACAAUACAUACUAA